AUGAGUAAUGCAACGUUAGAGCAACAACAAAGAAUAACAAGAAUGCUUAAUGUAUUAUUUGACACGACCCGAAUAAAAGAUUCCGCACUCUUCAGACCCCUAGGGUUAAAAUGUUGGCAAGCAAAGAAAGAACAAAUCAUCAGUUUAAUUGGAUGCUUGAAGUUGGAUGAUUAUGAUCGCAAGAAAGAAAAAGAAAGAAACGAAAACGAGAUUUCCGAAAAGAGAAGACCGACAAUACGAAUUUAA